ACCACCCACUCACUGAAAUUAAAGCCCCGCCCACACCACUGAAAUCUGGAACCGGCUGCGGUCAAACACACACUCACUCUCUCUCUCUCUCACAUCAAAUAUAACCACCGGCAAUCAUUACUCCCCAGUCCCCCGUACAUAUCUAUCUACACACAAUUCUCUGCUCUCUCAUCAAUUACUCUUACUAGCAAACCCACCCCGUCACUCUCGCCCCAAAUUCUCCCCCAAUUUCUAGGGUCUCUCAAUUGCCCACUUUAGGGUUUUCUCGAUUCCCCAAAUCUCGCUCAAUUCUCGACUGAAUUCGCGUUUCAAUGGCGUCUGAGGACGGAUCUGGGGAAGAGGACACGAAAGUAGCUGAUAUGCAAGUGGAGAAUCCUGAAAUUGAAGCUGAAAAAGAAGCCGAAUCAAACCCUAACCCUAAUCAUACUCAACCUGAUUCUGUAAUGGCGGAUAAGGAGGAAGCAGAGCAAGAGGAAGGUGUCGACAAGGCGGAACAAGAUGUUGAAAAGGACCAGGAGGAACAAGAUGUCGAAAAAGAGGAAGAGAAGGAGACUGAAGAGGCGGAAGAGGAAAAGGAGGAGGAGGAGACAAGUAAGAAGGGAAGUGGAAUGAAGACACCGGUGUCGAGAAAGCGGAGAGGCGAAGUGAAAGAGUCGACAAUUGAAAGGCCUUCUAGGGAAAGAAAGACAGUUGAGAGAUAUACCGAAACUUCUUUAGCUAGAGGUUCUGCCACCAAGCCCUUUUCGAUUGAGAAGGGGAAAAGGAUGAUGCUCAAGGACAUUCCAAAUGUGGCCUUCAAGCUGUCAAAGAUAAAACCUGAUGAUAACCUGCAGCUACUACAUAACAUCCUUUUUGGAAAGAGGAUGAAGGUGCAUACACUAAAAAAGAACAUUGGGUUGUUUUCAGGCUUCGUGUGGGCUGAGAAUGAGGUAUGA